UUCAAUCCAAAUUAUCUCAUAAGAGUCGUGAAUUUCGUGAAGAUUAAGCUGAAGGUUUCAUUGGAUAACCGAUACACUAAAACGUGGCAACCGACCUAAUUCCUUCUCGAAUUUUCUAAUGAAACCACGAAUCAGUUGAUUAUACUUGCUCGAUGAUUCGUCACUAUUGAAUCAUAAAAACUUUCCAACGAUUAUUAUGAACUGAUUAAUUAGAGUCGUGAAAAUGAGAAAUCUAUCGAAUAAAUCCACAAAAGUUCAAUCAUUCGUAUUGGUAGUUCAUCCACCUGGUCUUCAAUCCCAAAGAAAAUAAUUAAUUACCGAAAGUCUUGGCAUCAUCUCACAAGAGAAUCAUUAACCAGAAAAUUACCGAGUAAAUUAAUGUGAGUUUGAAUAAUUGCUGACAUCCGAAUAAGGGUGAAAUAAAAAUUAACCGGUGUUUAUUUAUACAUGAGAUUUAUAGAGUUAAGUGAAAAUCCGUUCGAUCAAUGAAGGUCCCAGCGUGAAUAAUGUUGAGAGUUUAUUAUUUUAGAGAUUGAAAUAAUUUCGAGUGUGUAAUCAUCAUAGUGCGGAUACAGGUGACAUAUUCAUUGCAAAUUUUUUUAAAGAUUAAAAUCGGUGCAGCUGGUGAAGUGGAAUGAAAGAGAGGGAAAAAAUCAUUACAGUUAUAAAGUUGAAUUGAAAUGAAAAUGUGAACUGUGAUAAAAUCUAUAACACGAAUGUCUGACGUUACGUACGUCAGAAAAGAAGUAUGUAUAUUUUAAACCUGGAUCCUGGAAUACUACCCCCGAUUGGAUACCCAUGAGAAUUCAGAGCACUGCACAAUUUAUAGACAAGUACCACCAUAUUGUCGAUAUUUUCGAGCAAAUGCAGAGGCUGUUCAAGAUACCUAACGAGAGAAAUGAUGUUCGGGCUCCAGAUCCAAUGAAUGCGGAUCCACUCAACUUGGGAGGAGAAGGAGAGCAAAAUGAGCAGCCUGAUGGGGAGCAGCCUCGUAAUGCAACUGCAGCUGUCAUUGAGAAUCUAGUCAGAUUUCUACAGGGUGAAGAACAGCAACAACAGCAGCAACAACAACAAGACAUGCAGCGUGAGCUUCUCCGAGCCAUCAUGGUUACACCCCCACGUACUGCUGAGGAGUUUUUUGAAGUGCUGCGAACAUUUAUUGAGGCUCAAAAUCGUCGAAAGACACGUCGAGGAACAAAUGCUGGCGUCAGCCGCUAAUUCUGGCGUGGUGGACGUGGAGGUCGUGGAGGACGUGGUGGAAGAGGGGAACGUCGAGGAUACGGAAGUGGUCGUACCAUCACAGUCCGCAUCAAUUAAGGAUUCUUUUCUGAUGAUCGUUUGAACAUAUCCAACGAUAGAAUGGAAAAGAAGAAAGAAAAGAAAAGAAAGAAUAAACAUAAAUUAUCGGUGCUUUCUUAUAUCGUGUGUGAUAUUUAUUGUGAUAUUAUUUUUUGUGGUAUUUUUUUGACAACAUUUUUUGUAUUUUUGUAUUUUCAUAUAUUCAUAAC